GUUGAGUCUUCAAGACUAAUGUACAUCAGAACACAUCAAAAACAAUUAAGGUGUGAAAUGUACAAAGGCCUUACCGAUGCUUUACUCAGUGGCGAGCGAGAUGCUUCUACCCAAGGAAAGAGAGUUGUUUUACCACCUACAUUUGUUGGAGGAGUACGAUAUAUGGUGCAAAAUUACCAAGAUUCAAUGGCUAUAUGUCGGUGGGCUGGGUAUCCGGAUUUGUUCUUGACGUUCACAUGCAAUCCAAAGUGGCCAGAAAUUGUAAGAUUUCUUAAAGAAAGAAACUUGAGUCCUGAAGAUCGACCAGAUAUAAUAUGUAGAGUUUUCAAGAUGAAGUUGGAUGGAUUGAUUAAAGAUCUACGUAAUAAUAAGACAUUUGGUGAAGUGAGAGCAGUCAUAUACACAGUGGAAUUUCAGAAGCGUGGCCUUCCCCACGCUCAUAUUUUGUUAUUCAUGGCAAGUGCAGACAAAUUUCCCACUUCGACAGACAUUGAUGACAUCAUUUCUGCAGAAAUACCUGAUGAGGCAAAUGAUCCGGAAUAUUUCAAUGCGGUACGUAUGCAUAUGAUGCAUGGGCCGUGUGGAAAUGAAGCAAAAAAUGCUCCAUGCAUGGUACAAUCUAAGUGUGCAAAGCACUUCCCCAAGAAUUUCAAUGAGCAGACAACCGUGGACGAUGAAGGUUAUCCUAGGUAUAGAAGGCGC